AUGUCAUGUUAUUUGGUCCGAAGCGUAUGCAGGUCUUGUCCCUGGACAAUUAUUUGGAAUCAUCAUUUAAAUAUAUUUAAAUCACAUCCCGACAUAUCUGGCCCAUUCAAAGGCGUUUUUUCUUGCCGCCUUGCCUUUCUUCAGGCUGGCCUUGCGCAUCAACAGCAGUUGCAGGCUUUAAAAGAUGAGACCUUGGCAGAGAAGGCAUUCCUUUUGGCAGAACUCGAAGAAUUGCGAAAAGGCAGCGCUGCGAGGCCACCCAGUCCUCCAAAGAUGAAGAAAAUAAGCAAGAUGGGUCAGACAAGUACUUUGGAGGAUAUCAGGCAAGGACAAGGACAAGCGCCAGGACUUCCACCAGGUCAUGUGGAAACUCUGGAGCUGCCAGAGGCGGAGAGCUCUGACUCAAAAAUGAAGUCAAAUCGCAGCUCUCACCAUUUGGCGCCAGGCCGGGACGUAGAUCCAGAGGCAUUGGCUUCAUCGAGGGACAACUUUCUGGAGGUUCAAAAUGUUCAAAGCAUGAAAGCUCCUGGUUUAGAAGAGCUCGACAAUUCCUCGCACCUUUCCAGAACGGGCAAGAAGUCCCAUGAGGAAAAAGCUUUGACAGAAACCCAGCAGGACAUCAAAUGUCGGAGCAGUGUGCCAGAGAGCGUGCGGGACAGUGUCAAUACUGGUAUACGAGCGCCGAAGAUUCCUGAUAUGUGUGAUGUUUGGGAAGCAGGUCGGACCACGAGCAAAGCACGCGUCAACUUCGCCUCCAGGAAGAGAGCCCCUUUAAGGUCUGGAAUGCUCCAGACCGCGUCACCCCUAGAGCGAUUCUUUCAAGAAGGUUCUGGUCGAUGCAUUUCUUACCUUGUGUUGCCGCCGCAUUGUGGGCGACGCCUGGUCUACGAGUUUUUGGGUCUGCUCCUGAUUUGCUAUGACCUCGUUUGGCUUCCUGUUGAGGCCUUUGAUCCAGAGAGCAGUGCUUUCGUGGACACUAUGUCCUGGAUCACCAGUAUUUAUUGGUUGCUGGAUAUACCUGCCUCGUUCCUGGUAGGCUAUGCUGUUCUCGAGGAAGGGACCGUUGAAAUGCGACUAACAAAGAUCGCAAGGAGAUACUUGAGGACCUGGUUUAUAUUUGACCUCAUUAUCGUCGGAUUGGACUGGGGUCUGCAAAUAUGGACACUUCUGCUGUACCAGCAGGACACUGGUGCUGACGCUGGGGUGGCAUUCUUCAGAAUGGCUAAGACCAUUCGGCUCCUGCGCUUUUUGCGCUUGCUCCGGCUCCUCAAGGCACGUGGGCGCAUAAACGAUUUGGUGGAGCAAAUUCAGUCAGAAGCAUCUCUCAUUCUGAUUGGAAUCCUCAAGAUGCUGAUAUUCAUUGUUCUGGUCAACCAUUUGGUUGCGUGUGUUUGGUAUGCGAUUGGCAACUUUGACCAGAACAGGCAAGAUAGAUGGAUUGUGGAAUUUAAGGUUGACGUGAAGAACUUGUUGUACAGAUACUCCACAGCACUUCACUGGUCAAUCACUCAAUUCACUCCAGCAUCAAUGGAAGUAUUCCCACAGAAUGAGUACGAACGCCUGUUCACAGUUUGUAUCAUCCUCUCUGGAAUGUUGAUCUUUUCAUCUUUCGUGUCAGCGAUCACGAACGCGAUGAACCAACUGCGAAAUCUCAACAGUUGGCGAAACGAGCAAGAGUCUCUGCUGCGGCGAUAUCUGAGAGAAAAUGUGGUGACGCCUUCCUUGACUGCAAGGAUUCACAACUGCUUGAACAAAGCCAUGCAGCAGUCGCGCAGACGCGUUCACGAAGAUGAAAUUAACAUCCUGCAGCUCCUGCCUUUGAGUUUGAAGUUUGAACUCUCGAACGAGAUCUAUGCGCCAGCGCUGGGAAAACAUCCUUUUUUCACCUUUUGUCACAGUUGUUUGCCAUCGGAGAGCCGAAAGAUUUAUAGCAAUGCUGUGGCGCAGAAGUCCCUGGUGAUCUCGCAGGAGUUGAUCACAACAGCAGAGGCUGGAACACAUAUGUACUUUCUGGUGUCUGGUACACUGGUGUAUUCCCGUGACGACGACGAGCAGUCUGCGGUCACAACCUCACAGCCUUGGCUGGUGGAGGCAGCAUUGUGGCUAAAGUGGCAGCAUCUCGGGACUGCGAGUAGCAGUUCGCAAUGUGAGCUCGUCAGCCUUGACGCGCUGAAAGUACAGGACGUCCUCAAAGAAGAAGCAACAGUUCGGACAUAUGCCAAGAAAUUCUGGCGCCAUUUUCAAGAAGAGCCUACGAGCCUUUCUGAUAUUUGGAUUGACGCGCCUUGGCCCAUGGUCCUGAGCUGUGGGGAAGUUUGA